GCAUGCGCCCCGGCGGCCCUUGACCCGGGCGCCUUCCUACUGCCCGCUUCUAUGGAAGAAGCGCGUCGCCCGUUUGCUCUGCGGCCGCCGUCGGGGAAGGAGGCGAGAGGCGGAGCGCCGGGAAAAUGCCGGGAAAGCUGAAGGUCAAGAUCGUGGCGGGGCGGCACCUGCCUGUCAUGGACCGAGCCAGUGACUUGACGGACGCCUUCGUGGAGGUAAAGUUCGCAAACACUACAUUUAAGACAGAUGUCUAUCCCAAAUCUCUCAACCCUCAGUGGAACUCGGAGUGGUUUAAAUUUGAGGUGGAUGAUGAAGAUCUGCAGGAUGAGCCUCUCCAGAUAACCGUCCUUGAUCACGAUACUUACAGUGCUAACGAUGCUAUUGGGAAAGUCUACAUUGACAUCGAUCCUCUUCUCUACAGUGAAGCAGCUACUGUUAUUUCGGGCUGGUUUCCAAUUUACGACACCAUACACGGUAUACGUGGGGAGAUCAAUGUGAUGGUGAAGGUAGACCUUUUUAAUGAUUUGAACCGCUUUAGACAAUCGUCGUGUGGAGUAAAGUUUUUCUGCACUACGUCUAUUCCGAAAUGCUAUAAAGCUGUAAUCAUUCAUGGAUUUGUAGAAGAACUUGUGGUUAAUGAAGAUCCAGAAUAUCAAUGGAUAGACCGAAUUCGUACGCCAAGAGCAUCAAAUGAAGCCAGGCAAAGACUUAUUUCCUUAAUGUCAGGGGAACUGCAAAGGAAGAUUGGCCUGAAGGUACUUGAAAUGAGAGGAAAUGCAGUGGUUGGCUACUUGCAGUGUUUUGAUCUGGAGGGAGAAUCUGGCCUAGUAGUGCGAGCCAUUGGAACAGCCUGUACCUUGGACAAAUUAAGUAACACACCUGUAUUCUUACCUGCAUGUAAUUCCCCAUCCAAGGAGAUAAAGGAGAUUCCUUUCAAUGAAGACCCCAACCCCAAUCCUCAUUCAUCAGGACCCUCCACCCCUCUGAAAAACCAAAUCUAUUCCUUUUCACCUUCCAAGUCCUACAGUCGGCAGUCCUCCUCUUCUGACACAGAUUUGAGUUUGACACCCAAAACUGGAAUGGGAAGUGGUAGUGCUGGAAAAGAAGGGGGGCCUUUAAAAGCUCUGUUAAGACAACAAACUCAAUCAGCUCUGGAGCAAAGGGAAUUUCCUUUUUUCACUUUGACGGCGUUUCCUCCAGCCUUCCUCCUGCACGUCGGCGGGGUCGUCAGCGCCCGCUCUGUGAAACUCUUGGAUCGCAUCCACAACCCAGAUGACCCGGAAACACGAGACGCCUGGUGGGCAGAAGUGCGUCAAGAAAUCAAAUCCCAUGCGAAAGCAUUGGGGUGCCACGCUGUGGUGGGCUACAGUGAAUCAACUAGCAUUUGGUAACUCGCUGGCUCAGUUUGUCCGACAAUUAAAAGACUUUACCUCUGCAAGCAGCAGGAGGAAAGGGUGGAAAGAGAAGAAU